AUGGGACUUCAUCCAGUCUCAGAGGCAAACGCCUCAAGCCCCUUCGGCUCUCUCUCCGCUGCCGAAUUCUACUCCCGCCACUCCGUCACCCACUCCUCUGCCUACGUAACCAACCCGACCGGCCUCAAACUCUUCACACAAUGGUGGACUCCUCUCCACCGUCCACCACUCGGCCUCAUCGCCGUCGUCCACGGUUUCACCGGCGAAUCCAGCUGGUUCCUCCAACUAACCUCUAUCCUUUUCGCCAAAUCAGGAUUCCUCACUUGCGCCAUCGACCACCAAGGCCACGGUUUCUCUGACGGCUUAACGGCUCAUAUCCCAAACAUUAACCUCAUUGUCGACGACUGCAUUUCCUUCUUCGAUGAGUUCCGUAAGCUACACGCUUCCUCUUCCUCUCUUCCUUGCUUCCUCUACUCCGAAUCUCUCGGCGGCGCGAUCGCUCUCUACAUAACCCUCCGUCAGAAAUCGCAAUGGAACGGUCUUAUCCUCAGCGGUGCGAUGUGUUCGAUCAGCCACAAGUUCAAACCUCCGUGGCCGUUACAACACCUCUUAGCCCUAGCUGCCACUCUCGUCCCAACCUGGCGCGUCGUUCCCACUCGCGGUACCAUCGCCAGAGUCUCUUUCAAAGAGCCGUGGAAACGGAAACUCGCCUUCGCUAACCCGAACAGAUCCGUCGGUAGACCACGCGCCGCUACGGCCUACGAGCUGGUACGAGUCUGCGAGGAUCUUCAGGGAAGAUUCGAAGAGGUCGAGGUUCCGUUGAUGAUCGUACACGGUGGAGACGACGUCGUCUGCGAUCCUUCCUCUGUCGAGGAGCUUUACCGAAGAUCAAGAAGCAGAGACAAGACGAUUAAGAUAUAUCCAGGGAUGUGGCAUCAGCUGAUCGGAGAGUCGGAGGAAAACGUCGAUUUAGUUUUCGGUGAUAUUUUGGAUUGGCUCAAGAAAAGAUCUGAAAUCGCCACCGUUAACGGUGGCGUCAAAGCUUAA